AAAGUGAUGACAGGUCGGAGACGGGGAGGAGAGGAGAGGAGCAGGAGAGGAGCAGGAGAAAUGGACAUGAGCUGUGGCUAUGGCGACGAGGAUGUAGGUGAGAAGGUCCGGUAGAGAUGGAAGAGGAGGGAUCGUGAGAGUAAUCGAUAGCAGCAUGCGCCCCACGCUGUCCCUGGCAAUGUUCUUGGUCCUCGCUUGCGAGCUUUCUCUUGCUGGUGACAACUCAAACUCGCCGAACUCGUUUGGAAACGGUCGAGGGUCUCAGCUGAAUGAGUUGGUGAAUGGCUUGCUGAAGCCAAGGACGAUUCAUCUCGGAUCGGGUAGAAACAGCACAUGGGAUAAUUCCUCACACCUUCGACUGAGAGAGGAGGCGAGAGACGAAGUUCAGAACCUGGAGCAUUCAGUAUGCAGUGACACCGUCCACGAGAACCGCUCGCAUGACUUCUCCUCCGAGCUCGGGGCCGACGAAUCCAUGAUGGCGAACCUCUCAAUGGGCCCAGGGCAGCCAAACGUGACGGGCAGCAUGCAAGAGAGGGGAGGAGAGGCGAGGGGCUUGCUCGGCGGGACCUCGCGGUCCCACCAUCGCGCCUCACGAUUCACGCGUUCUCGUGAGUCUCCGCAGCGCUCGCUCGAUCUCCCCGUAGCUCCUGCGUCGUCAAGCAGCGCAAUCCCCCACGAGGCUCCCAUGCUCUGCCAAGAGCUGUUGCCAGCAGGAAUGCAGCGUGAAGGGCGACUGUGAUCUGAAGGACAUAGUGCAAUCAUUCGAAGACAACC